AUGAAGGCGCCGUUACGUGGCGGCCGUGGUAUAAAGGCAGUGGCGAAGAGUGCUGGGGUCUGUCAGAAGAUCCAGAGCCUCCGACAGGGUGGUAAAUUGAAGUCCUGUGUCGACGUCAUCACUGCAGAAGCUGUGGCUGUAAAAGUUUCCAACGAAAACAAAACUGCAUCAACAAUCUCAGUCAUUUGCUCAAAUCCCAUUCCAAUCUUUAAUGUGCACGGAAAG